ACACGACGCACCGCUCGCGCAUCGGCACUCCUCGCGCGCGCAGCUUUCCUUCCCCCCCUUCCUUCAAUCCGACAUCUCACUCCACACCUUCCCUCGACCUCUCGUUCUCUCUCCCCUCUCCUCCUCCCCCUCCUCCUCGUCUCCCCUCUUUCCCCUCGGCGUCCUCCUCGUCAUCGUUGUUGUCGCCCUCGUCGUCCGUUCGCCUUGUCGUCCCGUCGUCGACCAUCACCGUCUUGCCAAACACAAAGAGACCGGGCCGUGCGCAUCAAUCCAUCAAGGCCGAUUGAACGCCAAUUAAACCCAACAAGUCGCCCGCCCUUUCCCGCUCAAGCCACCCAGCCAGCCAGCCAGCCAGAGGACUUGCCCCCUUGUCCUCGACUACCGACUCUCUCGCUGUGUACCUCUUGUACACACAUUCGGCCGCCUCCGCCCGCAAAGUAAAGCAAAGCCAGCCAGCCAGGCAAUUCAAACUCUUUUGAAGAACUCAACCACCGUCGUCCAUCACACUUUGGUCGUCUUCCCUCGCAUCACUUGAUUGUUUGCUUUCAUACACUUCAUCAUCACCCACCGCUCGCUGGCACAUCUGCAUCGACCUAACAGCAACCCCCGUCGCUGGAUCCAACAAUGGCCACAACGCAUGUGAUUGCGUCCACCCCGAGCGCUCACCUCUCGGGCGGAGGAAGCCACUCUUCCAGCUCGAGCAACAUUGUCGGUGUCCACUACAAGGUCGGCAAGAAGAUUGGAGAGGGCUCAUUUGGCGUCAUCUUUGAAGGAACCAACUUGCUCAACUCGCAGACGGUUGCCAUCAAGUUUGAACCCCGCAAGUCGGAUGCGCCUCAAUUGCGAGACGAGUACCGGUCGUACAAGAUCCUCAGCGGAUGUCCCGGCAUCCCCCAGGUCUACUACUUUGGCCAGGAGGGCUUGCACAACAUCCUCGUCAUCGACCUGCUGGGUCCCUCGCUCGAGGACUUGUUUGACAUGUGCGGACGCAAGUUCUCGGUCAAGACAUGCUGCAUGGUUGCUCGUCAGAUGCUCUCGCGUGUCCAGACCAUUCACGAGAAGAACUUGAUUUACCGUGAUAUCAAGCCAGACAACUUCCUCAUCGGCCGCCCGGGCACGAGGGGUGCCAACAUUAUCCAUGUUGUCGACUUUGGCAUGGCCAAGCAGUACCGCGACCCCAAGACCAAGCAGCACAUCCCUUACCGGGAGCGCAAGAGUCUGAGUGGAACUGCUCGUUACAUGUCGAUCAACACGCACCUGGGGCGAGAGCAGUCUCGACGCGACGAUCUCGAGGCUCUUGGCCACGUCUUCUUCUACUUCCUCCGCGGUGGUCUCCCCUGGCAGGGCCUCAAGGCUGCCACCAACAAGCAAAAAUACGAAAAAAUUGGCGAGAAGAAGCAGUCUACGCCAAUUGCAGAGCUCGGCGAGGGCUACCCUUCCGAGUUUGCCAUCUACCUGAGCUACGUCCGCAAGCUCACGUUUGACGAGACGCCCGACUACGACUUCCUUCGCGACCUCUUCCUCACGGCGCUCCAGAACGCAGGCGAGGUUGAUGACCAGAUUUACGACUGGAUGCUGCUAAACGGCGGCCGGGGAUGGGAGGCUGGCACUUCGCACUCGCAGAGCGCCGAUGUCACACGCCAGCAGACGAGGACACGGGACAACCGUGGCGACCGGGUCGACCGACUCCGAAACGGCGGAUCUGGUGGUGGAAACACGCCCCGCGGCGCUCGCCGGUCUCAAUCGGCACUGCCCAACGCUUCCAACCAGGCCAUUGUUGGCGUUUCGGCCCCCUCGCACCAAAACUCGCGACGCCAAUCGCAGCAGGGGCACCCCUUCGCGUCGGCCAACGCUGCGCAGCCCGGACACGAGGGCUACGAUGCGGCCAACGCCCAGGGCAACAAGGGCGCGCAGCCCAUCUCGCCGAUGAACGUCAACUCGCGCCCUGGUGGCACGACUGGCAACUCUCAGCAGGUCGGCGAGGGCGACUAUGUGCCCGAGCACCGUGGUGGCUUCCUGGCGUUCAUCACCUGCCGCUCGUGCAGGUAGUCGUCGUUGUUGUCAUCGACACGUCUCUCACGGCACGCACGGCGACGGCGGCACCCGGGUCUCUUGUCACCCCACCGCCGCCUGCCUCGUGUUCCUUCUACGCUUCUCUCCUAUUGUUGCUGUCGCGCUUGCAUUUGCACACUUUAAUCGUUGUUCCCCGGCCUUGCGGUUGCCGUCGUCGUACCGCCCGGAGAAGGAUACCACACGCUCCUCUCUCCUCAAGACACAUCCCCCUCGCGCCUGGUCAACAGCUCCGUGGUGCUCACGAUAUACCCCCUACAUAUCUUAUCACUCCUGUCUAACCCUCGCCCUCGCCAUACGCGCCAUCCCUCUUCUCUUCCGCGACGAGUGUCAAUGUGCAUAGAUAUCUUCUGUUUUCAUGAAUGGGCUGCAGACA